UCUCGUUGGCUGCGGAGACUUUUUUCCAGCUGCCAACCGAGAGAAGACCACGUCGCGGAGUCACAACGCCGCAGUGGCCAGUCGUCAGUGGGUCGAUCCGCCGCAGACGCAGGCGUGUUCUUCUCAAGAAACCCGUCAACAUGAAGUUCGAGGACAUCCUGGACGAAAUCGACGGUUUCGGGCCUUUCCAAAUCGCCGUGCUCGUCCUGCUGUGGGUCCCCCGGAUGGUCCUGCCAUGCCACUUCCUGUUGAACAACUUCAUCGCCGCCUCGCCCCCCCACCGCUGUGCCAUCGGAGGGACCUUUGGGAAUCUGACCGAGGAGCAGAGGCUGACCGUCAGCAUCCCGGCGCGGGGAGACGGCGGCGGACCGGAGUCCUGCGAGAUGUUUGAGGAGCCCCAGCUUCAGCUGUUGGCCAACGGCUCCCGGGGCGCCGACCCGCCGACCCUCCGGUGUCAGAGCGGAUGGGUUUACGACAACUCCACCUUCUCCUCCACCAUGGCCACAGAGUGGGACCUCGUGUGUGAUAGAAAAAGCCUGACACAAACCACCGGCUCCAUCUUCUUCCUGGGCGUGAUUUUAGGGGGCCUGGUUUUUGGAUUCCUCAGUGAUAAAUACGGGAGGAAAAACACUCUCCUGGCCUCGUACAUCACGGCCACCGUGUUCGGCUUCGCCAGCGCGUCGGCAGACUCCUACGUCCUGUUCGCCGUGCUCAGAUUCCUGACUGGGUUCGGACUGACGGGGAUUGGCAUCAACGCCCUUGUCCUCACCAUCGAGUGGGUCGACACUGAACACAGGUUAUUCAUCAGCGUGAUUGGCGGCCUGUCGUGGUCAGCGGGCAACAUGCUGCUGGCUGGCUUCGCCUUCCUGGUGAACGACUGGCGGCCUCUGAUCGUGACCGUCACGGCCCCGCUGGGCCUCGCACUGCUCACCUGGUGGUGGGUUCCGGAAUCCGCCCGCUGGCUGUUGGCCAAUGGGAAAGUGGAAAAAGCUCAGUUUUACCUUGACAAAUGCGCCAAGUUCAACAAAAGACCAAAAGCGUCCUCCAACUUAAAACUGCAGAAACUCGCCGACUUUGAAACCCUGGAAAAGAAAAAGAAAAACUACACGUACCUCCACUUGAUCAAGACCCCGAAGAUGAGGCGGUUAACUGUGCUGACUGGGGUCGUGUGGUACGGAGUGGCCUCCACGUAUUACGGAAUCAGCUUGAACGUCGGCGGGUUUGGUCUAAACAUCUACCUCACACACUUCAUCUACGCUGCCAUCGAGGUCCCCGCGAAGCUGACUGUCUACUUCCUGCUGGGCGUCUUCGGGCGGAGGAGGUGCCAAGCGGGCACGCUGCUGCUGACGGGGGUCUGCAUAAUCACCAACAUGCUUUUACCACCAGGUCUGUGGCAGGUGCGUGCUGCUGUUGCCAUUCUGGGAAAAGGCCUGUCUGAAGCUUCCUUCACAACUGUCAUCCUCUACACAGCAGAGCUUUACCCGACAGUCGUGAGGCAAAAUGGUUUAGGCUACACCAACCUCAUGGGUCGCGUGGGGGUGUCGGUGGCACCGCUCAUCCUGCUGCUGGGGGACGUGUGGACCGUCCUCCCUCAGGUCAUCAUCUCCUCCGUGGCCAUCGUCUCCGGCCUGGCGUCUCUGCUGCUCCCGGAGACGCUGAACGCCAGGCUGCCGGAGACGGUCGACGACGUUGAGAAGCCGAGUGGAGAUGAGAUCACCCCCGAAUCUGUGGAGCCUCCAGCUGUUUUCCUACAAUCAAAGAACAUUUAGCAGAGAAGACACAAUCAAAUGGAGGACUGUGUUUUCUGUUCGUACACAUGAUGCACGGUCACUACCUUCCCAGCUGAGCAUGU